CUUUUCUUCAUCAUCCAUGGUUUGUCUAAUUGUGUGGAUCUCGAAGUUCAACGGAAUUUAGUAGACACAUUGAUAUAUAAGCCCCGCUCAGGCGCUACUUCCUCCUCCCUCUCUCUCUCUCUCUCUCUUUCAUCACUUUCUAUCUAAUCUCUCUUCUUUUACAGCGGCCAUUGGAGCUCUCCAAGUUCCGUCUCAAGCCUCACUUGUGGUGAUUUUGAUUUUUUAAUCUCUCUCGCUUUCUCUUUCUGGUUUUGUGGAUUUUAACGUCUGUAAAUUUCAAUGUCUUUGAACCGAUUUGGAUUUCGUGAAACUUUCUUUUUGUCGUCUUUGCUUGAGGAAGUAAUUUAUGAUUUUAGGGUUUUUAAUUUGUUGUCGACGAGUUGUUAGGAGAUGCAAAUGGUACUGGGGAUUUUGUGGAUUUCUGAUUGUGUGCUGGUGAAUUUUGGUUCAGGUGCGAAACAUCCUGAGGAGUCUGUUGCAGAUCCUUUAUUUUAAAGGCUUCUUACAGGAUUGUAGUUUGGGACGGAGUAACUCUCGAGGACAUGGAAUGCAACAAGGACGAAGCGAAAAGGGCAAUGGAUAUUGCUGAGAGGAAGAUUACAGAAAAAGACUACAAUGGGGCAAAAAAGUUCGCUAACAAGGCUCAAAAUUUGUUUCCUGAGCUGGAUGGUUUGAAACAAUUAUUGAUGGCUAUCGAUGUUUAUAUCUCGGGAGAGAAAAAAAUCUGCGGAGAAGCUGAUUGGUAUGGUAUCCUUGGUGUAGAUCCCUUUGCUAAUGAUGAAGCAGUCAAAAAACAAUAUCGGAAAUUAGUUCUUUUGCUCCAUCCGGAUAAAAACAAGUGUAAUGGCGCUGAAGGUGCGUUUCAGCUGGUUGCAGAAGCUUGGACUCUACUGUCUGACAAGGAUAAACGAUUUGAAUAUAACAUAAAGAGGGGCAAAGAAGCUCAAAGAUUUCCAACCACACAGAGCGUGAUUCCUCCAUUCCAGCCAACUUCUAACGGGACUCAAAAUGUAAGGGAGCAUGUACUUCCAAAUGCCAAAGCUAGAUCUAAGCCCGCUGCCCGUAUGGAUAGAUCCCGUGUGGGUUCGCCUGCUUUUGUUCCUUCGAUGCCAGAGCAGAGUAGUACCUUUUGGACAAAGUGCGGCAACUGCAACACACAAUACGAGUAUCUAAGGGUUUAUCUUAACCAGACCUUGCUUUGUCCAAACUGUAGUCAUGGUUUCGUUGCUCAAGAGAUAACUCCACCUUUAAUUGUUCCAAAGCCGCCAGUCAACCUUUCAUCUAACCAACAGUACAGGAGUUCCAAAAAUCAAGCGUCAAACAAAAAGCAAUAUGGUCCUUCUAGGAGAGAGCCUGCAUCAUCUGUUAACCAUAAUUUUCAGUGGGAUUCUUCAUCAAGAAUGGCUGGUUUCAACAGCCGAAGUGAAGCUGCGAGUCUAGUUCAACAAGCACAAGUGAAAAGAGAGCUUGGGGAGUCACAAGAAAGGGAUGCUGCUAGAGGAUUCACAAACUCUGAUUUGAGGAAUUUCAAGAGGCCGAAGACAGACAAUUUCCACAUGCGUGGUCAAUUUGCAGGCAAUCAAACAGGUGGAAGGAAUGUUGCCAAUGGAAAUACUGAAACGCCCAACAUCUUAGGCUCUCGUCUUCCUCAUGUACAAGGAAUGUUGUUACCUUGUGAUAUAACCAAAGCUCUUAUAGAAAGAGGCCAGGCAGAAAUUUUUAAGAGACUUCGAAAGAUGAUCUCUGUAACGGAAGCAAAGGUUAGGGCAACUGAUGGGGAGAAGAAAAGUAUUAAGGCAACGAGCAAGUUGAGUGGCAGGGCAAAUGAUGUUGAAAGGUCAGUUGAGGAAAUUUCCCAUGUUUCAGAUGAAGAGAAGGAUGAUGAAGUGAAGACAAUCAUUGUUCCAGAUUCAGACUUUCACAACUUUGAUCUUGACCGAUCUGAAAGUUCUUUCAAAGAUGACCAAAUUUGGGCUGCCUAUGACGAUGACGACGGAAUGCCUCGGUUUUAUGCCCGCAUACAAAAGGUGAUUUCUUUGAAACCGUUUAAGAUGAAAAUCAGCUGGCUCAAUUCCAGAAGCACCAGUGAAUUUGGUCCUAUAGACUGGAUAGGCGCUGGUUUUGCUAAAACAUGUGGGGAUUUUAGGUCAGGGAGAUAUGAAUCUACAGAUACUCUAAACGCCUUUUCUCACAAAGUUGAUUUCACCAAAGGUGCACGAGGACUCCUGCAUAUUCUUCCCAAAAAGGGACAAGUUUGGGCAUUGUAUCGAAAUUGGUCUCCUGAGUGGGACAAGAAUACCCCUGAUGAAAUUAAACACAAGUAUGAGAUGGUGGAAGUUCUUGAUGACUAUACUGAAGACAAACAAAGUCUCACUGUGACUCUCUUACUCAAAGCUGAAGGAUUAAGGGUAGUUUUCCGCAGAAGCACAGAUGGAAACGAUGUGAGGGAGAUUCCAAAGGAAGAAAUGUUUAGAUUCUCCCACCAGGUGCCUCAUUACAUUCUUACAGGGAAAGAAGCAGAUAAUGCACCAGAAGGUUUUCUGGAACUAGACCCAGCUGCAACUCCUUGUGAAUUGUUUUCUGAGAAAGGAGAAGGGAAUGAGAAAAGUGAAGAAUGGGAAGACAACGUUGCGAGGAAGAGCUGAAAAGACGAUCUUCUAAGAAGGGACAAGAUGUAGGGCAGUCCCUUUAAGCAGGGCCAGAUGGACCAACAGCUGGUGGUAGCUUAAAAUCAAUGAAAGACAAACUUAGUUCACACGAUAAAGAUAGACCUGCUGCACCUGAGGGGGAGAUAACAGCAGGGUUUUAAUGAAGAAAAGUGCAAAGACAAAUGGUGAUGGAGUAGGCGGUGGUUCGUUCUGAAUGAGAACACUGAAAAUGUUAGCAUUUUGAAAUGUAUAUCCUUCUGGUGUUGAUUCAAAAGGACCAGGCCUUGUGUUUAAAAUAACCUGCAAGGUUCCCUAGAAGACUGACUUAAAAGUAUUAUGUUGCAGCUCAUAAUGCUCUUGUGCUGAAGGCUGAGUGUAGGCGAUAAAAACGAGUGGAUUAAUAAGUUGCAAAGGUUAUCCAAUAUCCAGGCUCGUGGAGGCCAAGUGGGGAGUGUUUCCAUGAGACAGAGUCUUUCAGAAGGUUCACUUGAAACCUAUCGAUCCAGAAGAACUCUCGGAGUCUCGGUGGAUGUCCCAAGAAGUAUUGAGUCCCGUUUUCUGGGACUAAGUUACCCAUAUUAUUCUUAGUUUAAGACCAGUGAUUGGAUGAAUGUACUACUGUUUUGUCUUCUUUGUAGAUAGAUAUUCAUAUUAUCACACACAUAUAUGUGUUGGCAGCUAAAAAGAGUUUAGUCUCUCAUAAGUCAAA